UCUCCCUUCAAGCAACAUCACACACCCGUUUGCCGCCAGCGCUGGGGGUUACUGACGGGAGGACAACCAACGCGUCUUUGCUGUGCGUCUGUGCUGUGCUGUGCGUGUCAUUUUAACUGAACUUCGGCGGCGGCAGGAGCAGGGUCGCCACUUCACCAAGAGAGAUCACCAUUCCAGUGGGAUGCACGGAGCCAACCGCCGAAUCGAAGAUGGCUAAACCCUGGAUAUUGACGUUACUGUUAUUAUUUUAAAUCCUCGCUGCUUUUGGAUAACACCUUUUCACCUCAUCAGGGACCCCCCUAAUUUUUUGGAUAGAUACCAAGUGGAUCUCUGUGCAGUUGGGCUUUAAGAAGGAUUAAUAUUUAUUUCACUUUUCCCACACUUCCGCGCCGUUACGCUUUGGAUUAGGAGCGCACGGACGGCUGAGGAUAGCAGAGCAGCGGAGAGGAGAGCAGACAGCACCCCAUAGCAACACGGGAGACGGUGCUGAAGGAGACGGUGCUAAAGGAUGGCACUUUGGUACAAUCUACUACUACUUAGCAUAAUGGUAACGCCACAGGCUUACGGCUCCGGUGUAUUCGAGAUUGACCUGCAGGAGUUCAGGAACGAUAAAAACAUGCUGUCCAACGGCUCGCGCUGUCUCGCCGAUUGUCGGACGUUUUUCCGCGUGUGUCUGAAGAAUUACCAGCGCGAGGUGACCCCGGGAGAGUGCUACUACGGCAGCGGGAGCACGCCAGUGCUGGGCGCGAGGUCCUUCAGCAUCACCCAGAGCGGGGGCAGCAGUAAAGCUCUUCGGUUCCCCAUCGAUUUUAGCUGGCCGGGAUCCUUUUCUCUUAUCAUUGAAGCCUGGUAUGCUCCGACACAGGACUCAACAUUAGACACGUCGAACAACAAUUUGCUGAUUAGCUUUUUUGCCACCAAAACGAAUUUGGAAGCAGGUGCCGCGUGGUCUCGGAAUGUUCUGACGUGGCGGCAAACCGAGCUACGCUAUUCUUACCGUUUCAUCUGCAACGGCAAUUACUACGGGGAGAACUGCUCCAAGAAGUGCGUGCCCAGGGACGACCUGUUCGGACACUACACCUGCGACCGCGACGGGAACAUAUCCUGUUUCCCUGGCUACAAAGGGAAAUACUGCGAACACUCAAUCUGUCUUGAAGGCUGCAGCAAAACCAACGGCAACUGCACCCAGCCCGGAGAGUGUGACUGCCGGGAGGGCUGGCAGGGCGUCUUCUGUGACGAGUGUAAGCGGCACCCCUCCUGCCAGCACGGCACCUGCCAACUGCCCGGCCAGUGCAACUGUGACGAAGGAUGGGGAGGCAUCCUCUGCGACCAAGACUUGAACUACUGCACCCACCACCGGCCGUGUGUUAACGGCACCUGCAUGAACACGGGCCAGGGGAGCUUCACCUGCACCUGCCACCCAGGCUACACCGGCCUCACCUGCGACCGCCAGCUCACCGAGUGCGACGGCCGACCCUGCCUACACGGAGCACAGUGCACGGAUCUGGACGUGGGUGGCUACGUGUGUACGUGUCCCGAGGGCUAUGAGGGCCGCCACUGUGAGACCAAGGUGGUGACAUGUGCAGACUCCCCGUGCUUCCACCGGGGGCGCUGUCACGACCGCGACGAGGGACGCAGCUACGUGUGCGAAUGUCCGGCCGGCUACACGGGACUCAACUGUGAGAAGAGAGUGGACAAGUGCACCACGCUACGCUGCGCUAACGGUGGGUUGUGUGUGGUGGAGGGGGGCAUGCGUAAGUGCAGUUGCCGUUCGGGCUUCGCGGGGCUCCUGUGCGAGAUCAACGUGGACGACUGUGCCAACCAGCCCUGUGCCAAUGGCAGCACGUGCCAAGACGCCAUCAACGGCUACAAGUGCCUGUGCGCGCCCGGGUUUGAGGGCCGCCACUGCGACCGCCCUGCCUCCUCGGCGUCCGGCCCCUCGUGCUCGCCGCUGCGGCCGUGCCAGAACGGCGGCACCUGCAGCCCGAGCGGAGCGUGCGCGUGCCUGGCUCCGUACGCCGGGCGCCUGUGCGAACGCGCCGCCGCCGCCGCCACCACCACCUCCACUCCCGAGCUGGCCACGCCCCCAUGGGCCGCCGUGUUGCUAGGGGCGGGGCUUGUUGCCAUGCUGGUGCUUCUCUCCAUGGUGCUCAUCGUCCUGCGCUUCGUCCACAAGCAGAAGACGCAUCACCAUGACAACGGUCUCCCCGACGACCACCACCACCACCGCGGCGUGUUCAAAGGCCCGCCCACCCCCACCAAGAACAACCUAUCAGAGCCGCACAAGGACAACCUGCUGUCCGCCCUGCAGCUGAAGAACACCAACAAGAGGGCGGAGCUGGAGGUGGACUGCCCCUAUAAGAAGGCGGAGCUAGACAUCUUGGACUGCCCCAAUGAGAAGCUGAACUACAAACACAUUAACUACCACUCAGAGAACUACCGGAGCCACGCCGAGUACAAGCAGGAGCGCAACGACACCAAGGGAGUAGAGGACAAGACACACCUGGCCCGGAUAUACAGAGAAAAGCCGGAAUGCAGAAUAUCAACAAUCUGCAGAGAAUCCAGAGACUCCAUGUACCAGAGUGUCUUCGUCAUCACGGAGGAGAGGAACGAGUGUGUUAUAGCUACAGAGGUAUAAAAUAUGCAGAUCAUAAGGAGGGACUGGUCUCGUCUCGUCUCGUCUCUUCUGGACUGCUGUUUACAUGUAGAUGGUUGUUGUUAUUGUUGUUGUUUAUUUAAGUGUGUUUUGCUGCUCUGGGACCAGAAGAACUGGAGAGGGUCAGUUGGCCUGCCAGUCAGUUGGCAUGUCAGUUGGCCUGUCUGUCAGUUGGCCUGUCAGUCAGUUGGCCUGUCUGUCAGUUGGCAUGUGAGUUGGCCUGUCUGUCAGUUGGCCUGUCUGUCAGUGGUGCGGGCCGCUGCAAUAGGACUACACUACAGACCACAGCCUACAGACUGGACUGCCAAGGGGCUACAGUGCGUCUGUACUGCAACGGGACUACAGUGCAUCUGUACUGUGAAGGGACCACAUUGUGUCUGUACUGCGAAGAGACUGCAGUGUGUCUGGAUGUACGGACCACAUCAGCACAGACAGUACCGGGCCGGACAGUACUGACACAGGGCCGAACAGUACUGACCGGACAGUCGGAGCGUCAGGAGGGGCCGGAGAGCAGGAGCGUAAUGGACUGGUGGCCCUCCUGACGUUUCCUUUUUGCCCCCACCUCCCCUCCCCGCCCUACUCCGUCCACCACAACACCCCAAUAUCUCCCCGGUACCGUCGCCCCACGGCGCCAUCCCCCACCACCAUCGUCCCCCGCACCGUCCCCAGGAACCCCCCCCCCCCCAACACACACACACACAGACACACAGACGGAGCAGACAGACAGACACCGCAAGCAUCCGCCCACCCAAACGACAAAUAAAAACCCUUCUCCAGAAGACAGAAGAAGAGACUGAACUAUAUAUUUUGUAAUCAAGGACAAAUACUAUUUAAAUAUUUUCCUUUCAAAAGUUGUUGUUUUUGUAUAAUUGAGGUCCGUGGCAAUCCAAAAAAUGUCAAUCAUGGUGACCAGAGCAGUCACCUGUCACCGGCCAGAGUAGUCACCA